CCUGUGUAGAGGGGAGAGGGGACUCCUUUAAGCAACAUUCUUCUUUACCCAGUCUUCUGUUAGGGCGAUAUCAACUACAUUUCUGGUUAUUACCGUUAGAGUUUUAGUUUGCUAUAAUUUUAGAUUAAUAGUUGUGUUUUAUUUUCUAACCUGACUCUCGCAGGAAGUUAUAAACUAUUCGCUCCACGGUAAACUCGUCUUCUGCUGGUCGCUAAGGUAGAGCUUGUUAGCUAGCUUACAUUAGCCAGCAGCUAUCAGUAGAUUUAGGUUACGGCUUAUAUCCGUGGCCGCCCUGCCAGGUAAAUCUACUAAAGCUGAAGGCGCCGGUCACCGACAAUGAUUUGUCCAAUUCACCCAUGUCUGAGUGUUGACGUUGGUAAAUAAUUAAUCUGACUUGGGAACGAAUCGUCGCAACCUUUGUUUGGUUUGUGCGCAGCCUGGCUGGUUUGGCCUGUUUCAUUGUCUCCGAACAUCGAAAACACACAAGUUGUUUUUUUUCAGUGUCAGUAAGUUGUUUGGCUACUUAGGCUAGCCGUGUUCGUGUAAACAAAACCAUCAGCUGUCGACUGCAGAUAACGUUAAUCUUGAGAGCUAACCUAGUUCAGUAUGGCGCAACACGACUCAUCUCAUGUAGCCAGUUCACAGAAAGCACUCAUGUUGGAAAUGAAGAGCCUUCAGGAGCAGCCUGUCGAGGGAUUCAAAAUAACGCUGGUGGACGAGGCUGAUAUGUACAACUGGGAAGUGGCCAUUUUCGGACCGCCAAACACUCAUUAUGAGGGGGGGUAUUUUAAGGCUCGCAUCAAGUUCCCUAUUGACUACCCAUACUCCCCACCUGCCUUCCGAUUCCUCACUAAGAUGUGGCACCCAAACAUCUAUGAGAAUGGAGAUGUGUGUAUUUCCAUACUGCACCCUCCGGUGGACGACCCGCAGAGUGGAGAGCUGCCUUCAGAGAGAUGGAAUCCCACCCAGAAUGUCCGGACCAUUUUGCUUAGUGUGAUCUCGCUGCUGAAUGAACCAAACACCUUCUCUCCUGCUAAUGUGGAUGCCUCUGUCAUGUACCGCAAAUGGAGGGACAGUAAGGGCAAGGACCGGGAGUACGUAGAGAUCAUCAGGAAACAGGUAUUGGCCACCAAGGCGGAAGCUGAGCGCGACGGAGUGAAGGUGCCCACCACACUGGCCGAGUACUGCGUGCGUACGCGCGCCCCGGCCCCCGACGAAGGCUCCGACCUCUUCUACGACUAUUACUAUGACGACGACGAUGUGGAGGACGGCGACGGCGACUGCUGCUACGAUGAGGAUGACUCGGGAAACGAGGAGUCGUGACGUGCUUUUUGACAGGACAACCCGAUCUCGCUGACGUGUGCUACCUGCUAUUUCUGUCUGGGAGGCCAGAAAUUCUUGGUCGACCACCAAGAAAGAUUUGAAGCUUCCCACUCCUAAACCAAUGAAAAGAGCUGUUUGUUUUUUUUCCUGAGCCUCUAGAUCCUUUUUGGAGGUGAAAAUGAAUGCACCAUUGUGGAACGGUCAGACCUGGUAAGAUUUGCACCAGCACAAAAUCACCAGUUUCUUCAAUUUUGCAAAUCGUUUUCUUUAUCACCUAAAACCUUACUUUGAGAGAAUACCUUCCAUCACUUAAUCCUGUUGAGUUGUUCAGGCCCCUGUAUAGUCUAUGGUAUUGUGGGGUUAAUACCACUGUCAACAAUAGCAACAUUUGGUGCAAACACUUCCAAACUUUGCUCAGCCUCUCUUGCAUAUCUUUCUUUCCCUAAUUGUAACUGGGUGUUGCUCACCAGUCGUCGGUCUCAGUGACUGGCUGACAGAAGAUUGAGGACUUCAAGCAGCUUGUUUUUGUUGAACAGUCUACUGCAAAUACGUUUGAAUAAGAUUUUUCCAAGUUUCACAGUCUGUCUCGCUUCGACUGAACGGGAUGUCACGGGACAAUGUUUUCAAAGUUCUUGUGCAUGCCAGAACAUCAUUGGAAGCUUUUUGUCCGUUUUACUUGUGGACUUACAUCAUGAUCCAUUUAUAUGCUUGAUGAUAAGAAAGACUUGCGUUGAUGGAGAUCCCAGGCAACUUUGUGUCUGGAGGGACCGUCUGGCGAGCUGAGUGAGUGGGUCAAAUCCUCAUGUGAUUUUUGGUAACAUGAAAUUGAAAUCUUUGCUGUGUUUCUUCUGGUUACUGUUGGAUGUGUUUCUCUGUCAUUUUGAGUGUGGGAUUAUGUUAUUUGAAGUAGCUGAGAUUUAAGAGUCUUGUAGGAUGACCAAGUUUUCGGGGUUGGG